AUGCCUUUCUAACUUGCGAUAGACUACAACAACUUUGAUAUAAUCCCUCAAAUAGUGCCCUAAUAAUAUGUUAGGGAUAAUCCAACCUUUAUGUCCAAGAUAUUGUCUAGCCAUAGAACUCCUGAAAAGAAGGUAUAGCGAUAAGAUAAUGAUGUGACUGAGGAAGAUCAUGAUAGCAUCGAGAAUUUAAGAUCGAACGAUAUGGAUUAGUCGGAUUUUAAACUGCACUCUUUCGUCAAGAGUCCUCUUAAAAAUGAUCCAAUAUAUGCUUCCUAAGGUGGACAACUAUCAGACCUAGAUUUAUUGGUAGUUGACACUUUAAGUAGAGAUGGUCUUUAUGAUCAGAGAGAAAUAACAGAUAAAUACGUUAGGUUUAAGAAGAGCUUAAUGGAACUGAAGCAAGAUGAUCGCGAUCCAAGAGUGGACUCAGUUCCAAAUGAGCAAUCAUUCAAUCAUCAUGAAGAAAAUAUUUAUCAAGUCAAAAAAGGAAGAAUUUAUGUUUCAAGUAUGACUGAAGGAGGAAUCUUUGAUCAAAAUGAAUUAAAAAAUCGAGAAUAGGUUAACUCAAAAUCAAGCGGACAAGUCUCAGAAAUUGAAGCUGAAAAUACAGUUGCGAUUAUUCUAAAAUAGAGAAGCUAUCUACUAACUGGCUCAAAUGAGCUUAAAUUAAGAAAAGAUUUCUGA